AUGGGGAAUUAUAUUUCUUGCUCCUUGGCUACGCCGUUGAUCAAGAAUUUCAAGGCGGUUAGGGUCGUGCUUCCAGGCGGCGAGGUUCGCCAGUUCCGGGAGUCGGUGAACGCGGCGGAGCUAAUGCUCGAAUGUCCUACUCACUUUCUCGCCAACGCUCAGUCUCUCCACAUCGGCCGCAGAUUCUCCGCACUCGCUGCUGACGAGGAAUUGGAGUUUGGUAACGUUUACCUCAUGUUUCCGAUGAAGAGAGUUAACUCCGUUGUCACGGCGGCGGAUUUAGCCACUUUCUUCAUGGCGGCUAACUCUGCGGCUAGGCGGAUUUCGGCCGCUAAGGUUAGGGUUAUACAUGAGAAUCGGAAUCGAGAAUCAGGUGAAUCGGAGGCGGAAUCGAGGCCGAGAAUUAGCGAUGAAAAUAACGGACCGAGAUUGAGCUUGGAAGGAAUCGAGGGAUUUCCGAUGCAUCGAUUGUCAGUUUGCCGGUCCAGGAAGCCAUUGUUGGAGACGAUUAAAGAAGAGCAUAUUAGGGGAAGAUAG